AUGAACAGUAACAGACUCCAGCACAGGAAGAUUCGCAAAGGCACACAUAGCUGCUGGGAGUGCCGCCGCCGUAAGGUUCGAUGUCAGUUCAGGGCCCAAGACGAUCUUGUGUGUGCACCAUGCAAAAACCGAGGCACAGUAUGUCGCGGCCAGGAGUUUGCCGACGAUUCAGAGGCAUCACAGUUGUCCAUGAGACAUCUCGCGCACCGUUUGAGCAUGCUUGAGGACUUGAUGGGAAAGCUUGCGGAGCGCGUAGCUCUUGAGCCGUCGUCCGAUUUACAUGCAGUUCCCUACACGAGCAGCUUGGCUAGCUUGCCUGCAGAUAUGGUGGAUGGAGCGCAACAGAGAGAUCUUAGCACGUUGAAGGACUCUUCGGAUCACCCAGUCACAUCCAAGGUAACGAACAUGGACAAUGCUAGCAGCGCACCCUCGUCCUUCAGGUACAGCCAAGCUCAUGAAGGUCAUUUGGGCCUGGGUCUCCCCGGCGAGGCUUCUCUUAUCGAGACGCUCUAUGGGCUCUAUCCGUCUCAAAGGGAUGUUGAUGCCAUCGUUGGAUCUAGUGCUGGCUCAGUCUUUGUCGCGACACUGUUCCAUUGCUACGCUGACGUCGCAGAAGGCAAAUCGGACCCUCCAGAAGCUAUUGCGGCCAUACCAUUCACGUCAAGUCGACCUACUCUUCUGGUUAAACGCCUUUUGCAAUUGGCUAUCUGCAUGCAACAGCUUUCCCCUGAAUUCGACUGUUCGUCACUCUCGAUCCCUGAUUCAAUCUCAAGAACCAUGGAAAAGAUCGUUGGUACCGUGGAUGGCUUUUUCAUGUCUAUUGAUCGUCUUGUGACCAGUCUGGAAGGACUCGAGUGUCUUCUGCUGCUGGGCUAUUGGCAACAAAACGCCGGAAACCUCAGAAAGGCUUGGUUAGUCUUUCGAAGGGCACUGAGUGUCGGACAACUCAUAGGCAUUGACACUGGCAAGAGCAUCCUUCAAAGCCCGUUUCUACUCGUCCAAUACCCACCAUCACCAAGCAUAAUGUGGUACCGAUCCGUCGCGUGUGAUCGCUACCUCUCUCUACUACUUGGUCUUCCAGCGGGCAGCCAGGAUAACUCCUUUGCUGCUCAGGCACAAACGGCGAGAGAUACCCCAUGGGAGAAGUUAGAGAAACUCCAUACAGUGGUCUCGGCAAAGCUUAUUGAGCGCAACGCCUCGAGUGAGGAACAGGCAUACCACUUGACUCUCAUGAUUAGCGGUGAUCUCCUGGCAGGCGCGGGCAUUAUGGGGGAGGAAUGGUGGGAACUUCCUAUCAUUGAUCCUCUCUGCAGUUUGAGGUCUGCAUUUCAGGCGGCGGGUCAGAUGAUCCUGCAGAUGAAUCACCAUUUGCUGUUGAUUCUUGUACAUAUUCCAUACAUGCUUAGGCGCUCCUCGUUCCAGCAUGAUCAUCAAAGCAGCGAAACGAUAUGUACCAGCUCGAGUCGGAAGGUGUUGGAAAGAUUCAAUACCUUCCGACAGAUCAAUGACUCGGCCUUUGCGUGCCGUCAUGUCGAUUAUGCGGCCCUCAUAGCAGCAACCACUUUGUUGAUAGCUCAUGCACAGCCCCCUUUCGAGCCUACCACAGAUGACAUGAGCAGGCAUCGUGGUGUGGAUAGGGAACUCGUAUGCACAGUCAAAGACAGGAUGGAAAGUCUCGCAUACCUUAACAGCGACAGCUUGUUUACGGAAUCUUCGACCAUCAUUGAUCGAUUGUUGCCCAUUUUAGACAUUGCUCCGUCGGCAUCUCCCACCUCUCCCAGCAUCAUCCCUCCAACUGUUGAGCUGGAGAUACCAUAUUUCGGUAAAAUCCAGAUCAAAGUACCUCUCAGUCAUUCCAACGCAGGUCAAAAAAUUCAAGAAGCACAGAACAGUGUACUAGCACCCAUGAGUGGGCGUAUCGAGACCGCGACCAUUUCAAUCAGGCCUGAACAACCGGCCAACAGCGUUCCAGCCGAUCACCUUACGGAACCAUUCAUUUCGAUUCAAUUCGAGCCUGAAAGCCAACAGAGCAAUCCUAUUGUAACCGACGUAAUGGCUGGAGCAGAUGCAUGGGCGCUGCAAGGGAUAGACGCGACUUACUGGGCGUUACUUCAGAAUGAAUGGAGAUCUUGA